UGACGUCAUUGACGGUACCCGGAAACCAGGAAGUUGGAGACCUGGUUGGCACAACACGGUGUCAUAAAAGUAUCCACUUUACUUGAUUUUUGUCCUUUUUUUUUUGUUUAAAUCAUACGUUAUAUGAGAGUGCUGAAUGGAGGAGGGUCACAAGGCGAUUCUUCGCCGCUACAGGAUCGAUAUUGUCACUAGUUUGGAGCCAUCAAGUCUCUUUGACCGCCUGCUUGAGAAAGGAGUGUUCACGCAAGACAUGAUCGAUAAAAUAAAGUGUUCAGGACCGAGACGGGACCAAGCCAGGCAACUGGCGCGGGACCUGGAGACCCGCGGGAGUCGGGCCUUCCCUCUCUUUCUGGAAUGCCUCCGGGAUUCGGAGCAGGACGCUUUGGCGACCCUCCUCCAAAGUGGAACACCCGCAGGUCAGAGGUCGUCCGCCAACCUCCCCAUUCACCCCGUUGUCCAGACCCGUCCACUUUCGUCAGCAGUGGAUUUCCAGACGCAAAUAAAUGCUGCCCCCAUCCACCCGACGCCGUCCCUCCCGCCACCACCGGAUCUGGAAAACCUACAAGCCCAGACGCAAGCCAGAGUCCGCAUGCAAGGCAGGACACGGCGAGACAGCCUUCAGACCUACAAAAUGGACGCUAGCCCGUGCGGACAUUGCCUGAUUAUCAACAACGUGGAUUUUGAGCCGGAAAGCAAGCUGAGUAAUCGCACGGGCUCCAACAUCGAUUGCGACAAGUUGGAGAGACGGUUCAAAGCGCUCCACUUUCUUGUGGAAGUCAGGACGAACCUCAAACAACGAAGGAUCAAACGCGAGCUGUCGGAUUUAUCGAAAAAGGACCAUUCGCCGUACGACUGCUGCGUGGUCAUCAUUCUCUCUCACGGGACUGAGGUGAUUCACAAGCGCUUCCCCGGCGCCGUUUAUGGAGUAGACGGCCAGCACGUUCCGGUGCAGCACGUGACAAACUACCUCAACGGGAAGAACUGCCCCUCCCUGCAGGGGAAACCCAAGCUUUUCUUCAUCCAGGCUUGCGGAGGAGCCGAAAGAGACCGAGGCUUCGAGGUGCCGUCCGACGACGAGGAACCGUCCAGCGGAGGGGAGGUCGACCAGACGGACGCCAUCCCCGCCUCCUCCAGCGGCGACUCACUCAGCACGUCUGACGAACCCGACGCCGGCGCCACGCUGCCCACCCCGAGCGAUAUUCUCGUCUCCUACUCUACUUUUCCGGGUUACGUGUCCUGGAGGGAUACAAAAUCAGGCUCCUGGUACAUUGAGACGUUGGACCGCAUCCUCGAGGAAAAUGCUGCUACUGAUGAUUUGGUCAGAAUGUUAACGAUGGUCAACCAAGAAGUUUCCCAGAACUCUGCAAAAGGCAUCUACAAGCAAAUGCCAGCUGCUUAUCCGCACGAGGGUGGCGGGAGUGCUGGAGCCUAUCCCAGCUGUCAACGGGCAGGAGGCGGGUUGGUCACGCGCAGAGACUGGGAGAACAUGCAAACUGUACGGCCAUGCAAGACAGCUCCUGUUCUUAUGGGAGGUUUGUCUAUAAUCAUUUCUAUUUUGUAUGACAUUUUUCUUUUUACGUGUAUAUUUCCUGUCAGAGAGGGAACUCAUCCCAGUCGUAGUUUUCGCAAGCCAUCCUCUCCCCAACAAGCGUAUGGGGCAAAUUAAAAAGUUGCGUUUUGGGACCAUCGGUUGUGACAUUUUUGACGGGAAGACGUCAUGCGGUGGUGGGUGUUUUGUUUUUAGGGCAGUCACGUGAAAUGUGACAUUUUUAAUCCACAACACCGGCAAAUGUUUCAUUUUUGACCAAAUUUGCGUCCCCUCCCCAUUACUCUUCUCCUGCCUCUUCGUUUGCAGCCACGAUUAAUAAAUGUUUCGCAUAAAGCUCCGUAAAGUUGUCCUUGCUCUGUCAGAGAGGUAGCAACUUUCUUUUUCUGAUUUUGCAGCACUAUUUCUGCAUGUAGUGCUAUGUUUUCCGACCAAUCGUUUUGUAGGAAUAUUUGAAUUCGCACGGAGAGAAUUUUUUUUAAUUGCUCUUGAUACACGCUCCCUGGAGUGUGAUCUUCAGGAAUGCCGCCGUUUGCUUGAAAACGUGCAGACAUUUUGGUUCUAUCUCCUUCAAAUGGUUCAUCAUUGUUUUGUUUUGUUUUGCUCUUCCAGUGGCAGUCUAAUUUCCUCUUUGUCUAAAUCUAACACAAGUGCGUUCUAUUGAACUCGGUGAUUUAGUUCCCUACUGCUGUGAGAAAGUAUUUCAUUUUUAUCUUUUGGAUUCCAAUCUCCCGUGACGCGAUGCCGAACUCCCUCCAUUGCUGUCAUCCAAAUUUGUUGUGCUUCUGCACAAUUUCAGUGGUUAGACUUUCUCAAGUCUUCCAUUCCUUGGACGAAUUUGCGUGUGUUUCUGUAUUUUAUCCUGUAAGUUAAAUAUAUAUAUUUUCGGCAAAGCCAUAUUGUGUUGUCCACAAAUUUAGAGGGUUAGGGUUUUAUUUGUUUUUUUUUUUUUUUUUUUUUUAAGAGGGAGAUUGGUUUUCUACAAACUUGCAGUCCUUCCGCAUUAAUUUCUGUUUCAGACCAUGGUGUGUGAACUAUUUUGCUGCUUGUCUUUCCCCUAUUGGAGUCAGUGGUUCACCCAGGGUGACUAUACUGACUUCCCCCUGAACAGGGUGACAAUUACUUUCUGUCUGAGGUAAUUCUCAGUUGUCACUCAGUUUCCUGUUCAAAUGAGGUAGGAAACCUCCACUUACACUUUUACACAUGCACAUGCACACGUUUCACGGAGCUGAUUUACGUACUGGACACAUGUUGCCCUUUUCUCUGUUUUAAAGACUCAUUUCUCUACUCGAUAGGGACGAGUAUUCUCGAGGUUUGGUUCUUCCGCAGUCGCCCAGACGUGCAAAUUCGCUCGUUCCUCAUGUGUGUGUGAGUUCGCUACUCACCA